CUCUCUCUCUCAUGCGUUGAUAUCCUUCAGCACAACAUAAAGACGGGAAAAGACGGCCAAACGAACGACCAGUGGAUAGCGUUCUGUCGCUUCCAUUUGGCCGAACAUAAGGCGGCGCUCGAAAUGUACACCACUUUGGAGUCAGAGCUGGAAAUAGCUUUGUGUCAGUUCUAUCUCGGAAUGUAUUCCGAAGCCAAGGCCAGCGCCGAGAGGGCCGCCGACCGCUCCUCUCCUCUCUUCAAUCGACUGCUCUUUCAUUUGUGCCAUAAGUUGUCUCUCGAGACACAACUCGUUGAAUAUCACCAAAAACUUCAGGACACAUAUGAGGAUCAGUUGUGUUUGGCGUCCAUUCACUUCCUGCGAGCCCACUAUCAGGAGGCCAUCGAUGUCUAUAAGAAAGUGCUUCUGGAGAAGAGGGAGUUCCUGGCGCUCAACGUUUACGUCGCUCUCUGUUAUUAUAAACUCGAUUACUAUGACGUCUCUCAAGAAGUGUUGUCCCAAUAUCUGCAACAAUUCCCAGAGAGCGUUACCGCAACUAAUCUCAAGGCUUGCAAUCAUUACCGGCUUUAUAACGGAAAAGCCGCUGAGCAAGAGCUGCGGAAUCUGAUUGACACGAUUCCGCCCACUUUCACGUACGCUCAGGACCUGAUCCGUCAUAAUCUGGUCGUAUUCCGUGGCGGCGAAGGAGCCCUUCAAGUGUUGCCCCCUUUGGUCGAUGUAUUGCCGGAAGCGAAACUCAAUUUAGUUAUUUUUCAUCUCAAAAAUGAUAACGUGACUGAAGCCAAUCGUUUGAUCAAAGAUUUGGAGGCAACUCUUCCUCAUGAGUAUGUUCUCAAAGGAGUGGUCAACGCAUCGGUCGGCCAAACGCAGGGAUCGCGGGAUCACUUGAAGACAGCGCAGCAGUGCUUUCAAAUGGUGGGCGGAAGUGCCUCCGAGUGCGACACAAUCCCCGGCCGGCAGUGUAUGGCCUCGUGUUUCUUCAUUCUCAAGCAAUUCGACGACGUUUUGCUGUAUUUGAGUUCAAUUAAGAGCUAUUUCUAUAACGACGACACCUUUAACUUCAAUUUCGGUCAAUCAAAGGCCUCGACCGCCAACUUCAAGGAGGCCGAGGAAGUGCUGCUUCUGGUCCGCAGCGAAAAACUCACCAACGAUUACAUCUAUGUGUCCUGGCUCACACGAUGCCUGAUCAUGAAUAAGAAGCCGCGAAACGCGUGGGAACUGUACCUCAAGAGAGACAACUCCGCCGAAGCGUUUCAUUUGUUGCAAUUGAUUGCCAACGACUGCUAUAAGAUGGGACACUUCUUGUACGCCAUGAAGGCGUUGGACGCACUCCACAAACUCGAUCCCAACCCCGAGUACUGGGAGGGCAAGAGAGGGGCCGCCGCCGGAGUCAUGCAAAUGGUUAUCGCAGAUAAAGAGCCAAAGUAUGCAUUGACUGACAAUUUGAAAACAAGCGUUAAUUUGUUGAACACUUUCAGAGAAUCGGUGGCAGAAGUGUUGAAAUUAUUGCGAAACGCGCCGAACGGACAGUCGAGUCAAAUGAUCAAUACCAUUAAGAAUUGGGCCAAAGAAUCCAAAGUUAUGAUUUAA